GACUCCAGAGACAGCAGUAAGCGGCGGACCGCAGGCCCUCACCGGCCACUGACGCAAGGCCAGGCGGCGCGAAGGCCGGAGGCGCCCGUGGUCUGGGGGCAGUGCAGCGCCAGAGCCUGCCCCGGACACCCCCACACCCCGUGGUAGCAGCCGGGACCCAAACAAAGGCGGGCGGCGAAUAAAAGGCGGCGGCGGCGCUGAGUGCUUGGGUUGCGCGCUGGGGACCAGGAUCAGCACCAGGCUGUGCGCGGUCUGUGCUCUCUGGAGUGGAGCGGGGAACCCCGGCCUCCUGCAGCCCCGAAGAGCUUCUCACUGAGACUUCCGCGAGGGGACAAGUCCUCCCGGCGGGGUGGCCGCAGCCCCCAGCCCCUCCCGUGCACCUUCUUCCAGCGCCCGCGGCUCAGCCAGCUCAGCUUGGCCAGCCGAGGCUAUGGACUCGGAGGAUGACCCUUUGCUGCAGGAUGUGUGGCCAGAGGAGGAGCAGGAAGAGGAGGAGGAAGCAACAGAUGAGGCCUUGAGGAGGGCCCAGAAGCCAGGGCCGCAAGCUGGGGGAGCAGGGCAGUGUUGCUGGCGGCGUUGGACCUUGCCUUCCCGGCCCCCGGCCUCGGGCUUCUGGAGUACCCUGGGCUGGGCUUUCACAAACCCGUGCUGUGCGGGGCUGGUGCUCUUCCUGGGCUGCAGCAUCCCCAUGGCCCUGUCAGCCUUCAUGUUCCUCUACUACCCGCCACUGGACAUUGACAUCUCCUACAACGCCUUUGAGAUCCGCAACCACGAGGCCUCCCAGCGCUUUGACGCCCUCGCGCUGGCGCUCAAGUCCCAGUUUGGGUCCUGGGGGCGCAACCGGCGCGACUUGGCCGACUUCACUUCUGAGACGCUCCAGCGCCUUAUCUCAGAGCAGUUGCAGCAGCUGCAUCUGGGAAACCGCUCCCGGCCGGCCCCCAGGCCCCCACGGGCAGUCCUUGAGGCCCCAAGGCGCCGCCGCCCAGGCCUGUCCCCCGACACUUCUGCGGACCAGAAGCCAGAAGCCAAUCGGAGUGGGCGUCUUCGGCGCGAGGCCCCACCCCCGGCGGACCUGGCAGCCAACCAGAGUGAAGGCCCAAUGAACCAGAGGCUGGAGAAGAAUGGGCAGUGCCAACCCAGUGCCCCGCCCCCUGCUGUGGCUGCGGCCAAUCAGAGCCGAGCCCGCCGAGGCGCCUCGCGCUGGGACUACUCCCGCUCCUAUGUGAGUGCCAACACCCAGACGCAUGCGCACUGGCGCAUCGAGCUCAUUUUCCUGGCCCGCGGCGACGCAGAGCGAAACAUUUUCACCAGUGAGAGGCUGGUCACAAUCCACGAGAUUGAGCGCAAGAUCAUGGACCACCCGGGCUUCCGGGAGUUCUGCUGGAAGCCCCACGAGGUGCUCAAAGACCUUCCACUAGGGUCCUACUCCUACUGCUCCCCACCCAGCUCGCUCAUGACCUAUUUCUUCCCCACCGAGAGAGGCGGCAAGAUCUACUAUGAUGGCAUGGGCCAGGACUUGGCUGACAUCCGGGGCUCCCUAGAGCUGGCCAUGACUCACCCUGAGUUCUACUGGUAUGUGGACGAGGGCCUCUCCGCAGAAAACCUCAAGAGCUCCCUCCUGCGCAGCGAGAUCCUGUUUGGAGCACCCCUGCCCAACUACUACUCGGUGGACGAUCGCUGGGAGGAGCAGCGGGCCAAGUUUCAGAGCUUUGUGGUCACCUACGUGGCCAUGCUGGCCAAGCAGUCUACUAGCAAAGUCCAGGUUCUAUACGGGGGGACGGACCUCUUUGAUUAUGAGGUGCGCAGGACCUUCAACAAUGACAUGCUCCUGGCCUUCAUCAGCAGCAGCUGCAUCGCAGCCCUCGUCUACAUUCUCACCUCCUGCUCUGUGUUCCUGUCUUUUUUCGGGAUUGCCAGCAUUGGCCUCAGCUGCCUGGUGGCACUCUUCCUGUACCAUGUGGUGUUCGGCAUCCAGUACCUGGGCAUCCUCAAUGGGGUGGCUGCCUUCGUGAUAGUGGGCAUCGGUGUGGACGAUGUCUUUGUGUUCGUCAACACCUACCGCCAGGCCAGCCACCUGGAGGACCCACAGCUGCGGAUGAUCCACACCAUCCAGACGGCCGGCAAGGCCACGUUCUUCACUUCCCUGACCACAGCUGCUGCCUACGCAGCUAAUGUUUUUUCCCAGAUCCCAGCCGUCCAUGACUUUGGCCUGUUCAUGUCUCUCAUCGUGUCCUGCUGCUGGUUGGCUGUGCUGUUCACCAUGCCGGCUGCCCUGGGCAUCUGGAGCCUUUACAUGGCACCGCUAGAGAGCGCCUGCCAGACCAGCUGCCACCAGAAGUGUGGCCGCAAGAGCUCCCUGCACUUUCCUGGGGACGUUUUCGCCGCCCCGCAGCGGGCUGGGGACAGCCCUGCCCAGGGACCCAUGCCCUACCUGGACGAUGACAUUCCCUUGCUGAAUGUUGAAGAAGAGCCAGUGUCAUUGGAGCUAGGAGAUGUGGCCCUGGUGUCUGUGCCCCCCGAGAGCCUCCAGCCAGCCCCCGACCAGGGCAGCCGUGGCCAGCUUAUUGCCCAGCUACAGGAGCUGCUGCACCACUGGGCGCUGUGGUCCGCUGUGAAGAGCCGCUGGGUGAUCGUGGGGCUCUUCAUCUCUGUCCUCAUCCUGUCCCUGGUCUUCGUCAGCCGGCUCCGCCCCGCCAGCCGGGCCCCCCUGCUCUUCCGGCCCGACACCAACAUCCAGGUGCUACUGGACCUCAAGUACAACCUGAGUGCCGAGGGCAUAUCCUGUAUCACCUGCUCAGGUCUGUUCCAGGAGAAGCCCCACAGCCUGCAGAACAACAUCCGGACGUCUCUGGAGAAGAAGAAGCGGGGCUCGGGGGUUUCCUGGGCCGGCCGGCCUGAGGCCACCCCACAGGACUCCCCAGGCACCGUGUAUGUCUCCAAGGUGAAGAGUAAAGGCCACCCGGCUGUGUACAGGUUCUCGCUCAACGCCAGCCUACCGGCCCCUUGGCAGAUCGUGUCCCCUGGGGACGGGGAGGUGCCCUCCUUCCAGGUGUAUAGAGCGCCUUUGGGUAACUUCACCAAGAAGCUCACCGCUUGUAUGUCUACAGUAGGGCUGCUCCAGCCGGCGAGCCCCUCCCGCAAGUGGAUGGUGACGACCUUGGCCUGCGACACCAAGCGGGGCUGGAAGUUUGACUUCAGCUUCUACGCGGCCGCCAAGGAACAGCAGCACACGCGGAAAGUGUACUUUGCUCAGUCCCACAAGCCUCCUUUCCACGGGCGCGUGUGUGUGGCGCCUCCUGGCUGCCUGCUCAGCUCCAGCCCCGAUGGCCCGACCAAAGGCUUCUUCUACGUGCCCAGUGAGAAAGUGCCCAAGGCCCGCCUCUCAGCCACCUUCGGCUUCAACCCCUGCGUGAACACGGGCUGCGGGAAGCCAGCUGUGCGGCCGCUGGUGGACACAGGGGCCAUGGUCUUCGUGGUCUUUGGCAUUAUUGGCAUCAACCGCACACGGCAGGUGGACAACCACGUCAUCGGAGACCCGGGCAGUGUCGUCUAUGACAGCAGCUUUGAUCUCUUCAAAGAAAUUGGGCACCUGUGUCGCCUCUGCAAGGCCAUCGCGGGGAACUCGGAGCUGGUGAAGCCAGGCGGGGCCCAGUGUCUGCCCUCAGGCUACAGCACCUCGGCCUUCCUGCAGAUGCUGCAUCCUGAGUGCAAGGAGCUACCCGAGCCCAACCUGCUCCCGGGGCAGCUGUCUCACGGGGCGGUGGGCGUCAAGGAGGGCCGGGUGCAGUGGAUCUCCAUGGCCUUCGAGUCGACCACGUACAAGGGCAAGUCCUCCUUCCAGACGUACUCGGACUACCUGCGCUGGGAGAGCUUCCUGCAGCAGCAGCUACAGACCUUCCCCGAGGGCUCAGCCCUGCGCCGAGGAUUCCAGACGUGUGAGCACUGGAAACAGAUCUUCAUGGAGAUCAUAGGGGUGCAGAGUGCCCUGUACGGCUUGGCCCUGUCCUUGCUCAUCUGCGUGGCUGCAGUGGCCGUGUUCACCACCCACGUGCUCCUCCUUCUGCCCGUGCUCCUGAGCAUCCUGGGUUUCCCAGCCACCCCUACAUCCACUCCAGGCAGAAAGACCCCGUGCUAUGGUCGCUCCCAGGACUGUCCCGGACCAGCCUGUGUGCUUCCGGAAGGGACCUGGAUGUUGCCAGGCUGUAGCUCUUGGCCCAGUGACCUGUUGCUGCACCUGUCCCUCCCCCAGAACCCCCACUUCUCUCUGACCCUGGCCCUCCUGGUCCCUCCUGUCACCAGAGGCAUCGUCUGCCUCGUGGUGACCAUCAUGUACUGGAGCGGCUGGGAGAUGGGGGCCGUGGAAGCCAUCUCCCUGUCCAUCCUCGUCGGCUCGUCCGUGGACUACUGCGUCCAUCUGGUGGAGGGCUACUUGCUGGCCGGAGAGAACUUGCCCCCCCACCAGGCUGAGGACGCCCACUCGCAGCGCCAGUGGCGGACCCUGGAGGCCGUGCGGCACGUGGGAGUAGCCAUCGUGUCCAGCGCCCUGACCACGGUCAUCGCCACGGUGCCCCUCUUCUUCUGCAUCAUCGCCCCAUUUGCCAAGUUCGGCAAGAUCGUCGCGCUCAACACGGGGGUGUCCAUCCUCUACACGCUCACGGUCAGCACGGCCCUGCUCGGCAUCAUGGCACCCGGCUCCUUCACCCGGACCAGGACUUCCUUCCUCAAAGCCCUGGGCGCCGUGCUCCUGGCAGGGGCCCUGGGGCUGGCUGCCUGCCUCGUGCUCCUCCGGAGCGGCUAUAAGAUCCCCCUGCCCGCCGGGGCCUCCCUAUAGCCCUGGCACUUGGGUCCUGACCAGCGCACCUUUUGUCUGGUGGGUGUGGAACAAGGUACUUGUUCUGACCCCAGAGGCACGUUAUUUCCCGGCUCGGCUCUAACUAGUUCUGUUCCCAGGCCUGGGCCGGGAAAGGCACCCCAUCGCUCAGUGUGGGAGUGGACACCUGCCCGCGUGGCCCGCACUGCCUUCAUGACGGCACCCGGCCAGAGCUGGGUGGGAAGCCGGCCGCCACCCCCCUCGUGCUGGGCAGCCCGCAGCUGUGUCAGGUACCCCCUGACAGCCCAAGAGCCCAGCCCCCCUCCGUGCCGGCUCACCACAGGGACUUCCCCCUUGUACUGCCUCAGUGCUGACGACAGCUCUCCCACGGGGCUGUUACAGGGCCUCCAUUCUACAGAUGUGAACACUGAGGCUCCAGGAGACAAAUUGAUUGACAUGUAGAAGGCUCGGUGGCAGAGCCCAACUGCCUCCUGAGCCCUGUGCCUUGGUCGGAGAAUUUGCAGGAAGAGCACAGUGGGUUCGAGGGCAGGGGCCUUGCACCCCUCUCCCCCUUUUUCCCCUCCCCCCCAGCUUCGUGGAGGCCAAUGCCGGGUGGUCCUGUGGUCCCUCCCAGGCCUUUUGGUCCUGGCCAGAGAGCACAAGAGACUGGCCUGGGUUCUGCAUGUCCUACCCCUGGCCCGGCCUCAAGGGGCUCCUUCUCCCCAGGGGUGCUGUGGGGCCCCCAACACAGCCUUCCUCACUGAUCCAAGCCCCCACCUCCCCGACUCGACUCUGGGGGUUGGAAUUGGGGGAGGCAGUCCCUGGGUCGGGGGCUGGCUGUGCCUGCCACCAGCUCACAGCAGAUGGUUCCUAUUCAAGUGAAAUGGCACUGCGGACGGCCGCCAUUAACACGAGCAUCGUAAACGUCA